UAAAACCCGGCUAGCUGCGUUGGCGGCGGAGGCGCGCGGGGCCACCCCAAGGCCGAGCCGGGGCGGGACGGAGCGCCUGGUAACCGCGCACUGAGACCGCCGAGCCGGACGCCCGAGCCGGAGCCGAGCGCGCCGAGGCCGGGACCAUGGAGAAAGCGCGGCCGCUGUGGGCCAACCCGCUGCAGUUCGUGUUCGCCUGCAUCUCGUACGCCGUGGGUCUGGGCAACGUGUGGCGCUUCCCCUACCUGUGCCAGAUGUACGGCGGAGGUAGUUUCCUGGUCCCCUACAUCAUCAUGCUUAUCGUGGAAGGAAUGCCGCUCUUGUACCUGGAACUGGCUGUGGGGCAGCGCAUGCGGCAGGGCAGCAUCGGCGCCUUUAGGACCAUCAGCCCGUACCUAAGUGGUGUCGGGGUCGCCAGCGUGGUGGUCUCCUUCUUCCUCGCCAUGUACUACAAUGUCAUCAACGCGUGGGCCUUCUGGUACCUCUUCCACUCCUUCCAGGAUCCCCUGCCGUGGUCUGUCUGCCCACUGAACGGUAACCGCACAGGCUAUGAUGAGGAGUGCGAGAAGGCGUCCUCCACGCAGUACUUCUGGUACCGGAAAACCCUCAAUAUCUCGCCGUCCAUCCAGGAGAAUGGGAGCGUGCAGUGGGAGCCGGCGCUCUGCCUCCUCCUGGCCUGGCUGGUGGUGUACCUGUGCAUCCUGCGUGGCACCGAGUCCACUGGCAAGGUGGUGUAUUUCACUGCGUCACUGCCCUACUGCGUGCUGAUCAUCUACCUUGUCCGGGGCCUCACACUCCACGGAGCCACCAAUGGUCUCAUGUACAUGUUCACUCCCAAGAUGGAGCAGCUGGCCAACCCCAAGGCCUGGAUCAACGCAGCCACCCAGAUCUUCUUCUCGCUUGGCCUGGGCUUCGGCAGCCUGAUCGCCUUCGCCAGCUACAAUGAACCAUCCAGCAACUGCCAGAAGCAUGCCAUCAUCGUGUCCCUCAUCAACAGCUCCACCUCCAUAUUUGCCAGCAUCGUCACCUUCUCCAUCUACGGCUUCAAGGCCACCUUCAACUAUGAAAACUGCUUAAGGAAGGUGAGUCUGCUGCUGACCAACACUUUUGACCUUGAAGAUGGCUUUCUGACGGCCAGCAACCUGGAGCAGGUGAAGAGCUACCUUGCAUCUGCCUACCCAAGCAAAUACAGCGAGGUGUUCCCGCACAUUAAAAACUGCAGCUUGGAGUCGGAGCUAGACACGGCGGUCCAGGGCACUGGCCUGGCUUUCAUCGUCUACACAGAAGCCAUUAAAAACAUGGAGGUGUCGCAGCUGUGGUCGGUGCUCUACUUCUUCAUGCUGCUGAUGCUGGGCAUUGGGAGCAUGCUGGGGAACACAGCGGCCAUCCUCACCCCUCUGACUGACAGCAAGAUCAUCUCUAGCCACCUGCCCAAGGAGGCCAUCUCAGGUCUGGUGUGCCUCAUCAGCUGUGCCAUCGGCAUGGUGUUCACCACGGAGGCCGGGAACUACUGGUUUGACAUAUUCAAUGACUACGCGGCCACGCUGUCCCUGCUGCUCAUCGUGCUGGUGGAGACCAUCGCCGUGUGCUACGUGUACGGGCUGAGGAGAUUUGAAAGUGAUCUUAAGGCCAUGACCGGCCGAGCUCUGAGCUGGUACUGGAAAGUGAUGUGGGCCGGCGUGAGCCCCCUGCUGAUCGUCGGCCUCUUUGUCUUCUACCUGAGUGACUACAUCCUCACGGGGACCCUGAAAUACCAGGCCUGGGAGGCCUCCCAGGGCCAGCUUGUGACCAAAGACUACCCGGCCUACGCACUGGCUGCCAUCGGGCUGCUCGUGGCCUCCUCCACCAUGUGCAUCCCCCUGGUGGCCCUGGGGAUUUUUGUUCUGCGCCGCCUGAAGACGGGAGACGCAGCCCCCGUGGCCUGAGACGUGGGCUUCCCAGCCGCUCAUGGUUUUACAGAUACUAUUUACAGGCGGAAACUCUGCCGCUGUUUCAAAAGCUUAAGCCAGAAGUGCUCAGCCUGUCAACUGCUUGAAUGUCUAAAGAUGAGGCAGGUGCGCAGGAAGACGACUCCCUCUAGAGAAUGCACACCCUCCUGAGCCGCCCUUCCUCCCCGCGCCUGCCUCCUCGUCAUCAAAGGGGGCGAGCUAUGAAAGCCAGUCUCGAGGAUAACUGCGUCCUUCAUUCCAGGAAAGUCCUAGAAUUAGGGCACAUUGAGAGCUGAAACACAACCAGAAUUCUUAUGGAACCAAAUUUAAACAAUUUGGUUUUUGGCUGAAGAGACACUAAAAUAUUAGAGGACAAAUACUUUUAGAUCCGUUUAAGGAGUUUUGAAGUGCCUUAGAUGACAUAUUUGAAUAUCACUGGUGCAAAAUUCUCUUUUUUUGAGUCAUAGUGAAUAUGCAAUUUCUGUGUUCCCCUUCCACUCUCUAAAUCUUAAUAGGAUGGCUGGCUAUAAAGAAAGAAGACCUUUGUUUGGGACUCCCAAAGGGGCCCUUUCUCUAAGGUCUCUCAUGGUGGGUCCAGGACCAGACCUCUCUACAAAAAGUUGCCCCAACUGCAGUUUGCAACCCCAAACCACAUUAGAAGUCUGUGCAGACAUCCCUCUGUGGUGUCUUGGUGCACUGGAAAAGGAGUCAGAAGCUACUAUGAGGAUGAAAGUGGAUCUCAGCUGGGUGUGGUGGCCCACACCUGUAAUCCCAGCACAUUGGGGUUCAAGGUGGUGGAUCACUCAAGGGCAGGAGUUCAAGACCAGGCUGGCCAACAUGGCGAAACCCGUUUCUACUAAAAAUACAAAAAAAAUUAGCUGGGAAUGGUGGCAUAAGCCUGUAAUCCCAGCUACUCUGGCUGCUAAGGCACGAGAAUCAUUUGAACCUAGGAGGUGGACAUUGCAGUAAGCCUGUAUUACACCACUGUGCUCCAGCCUGGGUGACAGAGCAAGACUCUGACUCAAAAAAAAAAAGUGGAUCUGACUUUCCUACAGGUUUAUUAUUACAUUUGGACAUCAUGGCCAGCUCUAUCAAAACCACAAACACCACUUACAAUCAAUUUUAAAUUAUUCAUCUGUACAUAAGUUUUCUAAAAUGUAUAUAAUUCAAACAGAGCAUUUUGUAACUGAAGACACACCAUAUCUGUGAUGUCGCAUUAGUACACCAUGAGAAUUUUAUUUUUUUUAACUGCAAUAAGGUAGGUCAAAGUCACUCCUAAAGUGAGCGGGUCCCUUCCUGCUCUUAACGAUCAGUGCUUCCUUGAGAUCAUGGAAUUCCAGAGGGUCUCUGUGGAUAUAUUUGCACAGACAUCUUUGAAGACACAAACACUCACUUGGGACAUUGCCUGGAGAUGUCUUAUUUUUAUGCCGUAAACUUCGCUUAUAGCAAAAAUAGGCUUUCUAGGGCUUCUGUCUUCAGCCAUCUCAUCAAUACUUCCAGCUCACCUGAUUGUACAGUUAUCAAAAGAUAGCUUGACUUUCAAAUGUGUGAACCAGCAUUUACACCAUGUAAACAAUCUUAUUUACCCCAUGUAUUCAUUCUUCUCAUCAGAUAGUUCUCUUAUGUCAAAAAAAAAAAAAAAAAAAAACCUGCUAUCAGGCUUGGAAGAGCGGGUAUACUCAAUGGCAAACACAGCACAGAAUCUGCUCUGAAUCCUUGAGGAUCUGUCCCUCCUCUCAGCCUCCACUCACAGUCACGUCUUACGACUCGGGGCCAGCUGGGGCCAGUCAUCAGUCAGGGUGCGUAAGCCUUGAACACCAGGUAGCCUCAGGAGUGAAAAAAGAAAUGUCGCAGACCUGACCUUAUUCAGUAAGGAAAUGAUCUGGACUUGCAGCCCAAUCCAACCACCUGGGAGCAUUUAAAACUCCAAAUGCCCACACCGCAUCCUGGGGCCACCCAUCACGUCUUCAGGAAGCAAGACCUGGGGACCUCCUGGCCUUCCAAACUCCUAGGUGAUUCUGAUGUGCAAACAAAUCUGAGAGGUCCCAUUUGAAAAAGAAAGAACCUGGGUGGUAUGCUGAGGAAUAUUUACAUUUUAUAAAAUGGCUUAAAAAUUUGAAAGCGUUUUUGAACAUUUCCAACUAUCUGGAAGAGUUACUUCUACAGAAUAGUUUUUGCUCACAGAAGUCAAACGGAUGAAGCACCACUGUUAGAGAAUAAUGUGCUCCAGAUGAAAACGUUCCGUUUCAGUCUUAGUCUCGUUUCUGUGAAUUUCAUGACGAGUAGAACACUUCUCAGUAAUCCUCUUGAGCCAGUAAUAAAUCCUGUCUCAAAAAACAUUCUUCGCCAUUUCCUAGGUAGUGCACAAACGUGGCCAUGUCAACAUUUGUCCACCUACCCUCCAAUAAGCUGGAGAGAAAAAGGGAUGUUCCAUGCCUGUACCCUUAGUAGUGGCCAAGACAUUAUGGGCAGAUCAUGGAAUCGGGAAAGCUUUCCGUUUUUACUGGAAAUACAGCAAACCUUGAUUUAGCUACAAGAAAUUGAGUAGGGAAAUAUUUGGUUUUUAGCAACUGUCACAGUAAAUAAAAACCUCUAAGCAAGGGCAUCU